AUCUUUUCUGUCAAGAACAGAAAAGCAAUUUAACAUGUUCAUAAACGAAAGAAAAAAACAUCUAACAAGACUUGCUGAGUUUAGUUUGAUCACACACGCAUACAGCCUUUGUAUCUUAAACCAAGGCAGGUUUAUUGGAGAAUUUCUAUGAUUGUAUUAUUUACAAUGACCAUUCGUAAACUUAUAAUCAACUUUCUGCACUCAUUGGUAAACAAAACCAGGCAUGUACAGGGGAUGGGGGGGCUGUAGGGGGCUUGAGCUCUUGCCCCUUUUAGCCUUGAUGCCCCUAGUGUGCCCCUCAGCAAUAAUAAUUUAGGAAAAUAAAGUCUGGCUGCCCUGAGUCUAAUAAUGACUCUCAAUUCAUCUGCCUCCAUGUUGUCCUCCAUGUAUCAAAUUAUGGGCAAGAAUAUUUUUAUUCACAAACCAAAUACACUCGUUUGAGAAUAAAAACGUAGGUCUGAUGUUGCUGUUAGAAAAAAAAAAUUCUAUUUAUAUUUUUGUAAUUGUCCUCGCAAUAGCGAGCCAAAAACCCGCCUUUCAUAUUCUGAAACAACCAUGAGGGAGAUCAACAAUUUGACAAACAUAUCUGGGUUCUUAGUAAAUGCAUUUUUAAACGGAUAAAUUAAACAGGAUAAGCUGUUCUCAUCAGAGCAAUUAAUUCAACACUUGUGUGCCGUGCCUUUAAAACGAAGGUAACAAAUUUAAAGAUAAGAGGUGCUCUGGAAUAUUGACAUUGGUUUGACAUGCAAAUUGCCACUUCCUGCCUCAUGGCCAGAUCAGGAUGAUCAGAAUACAUCAGAAGAGGAUGUUCAGCACGUCCAGGUCUCAUUCAAAUCAGGUAACUGAACUCUGGCGAUAAGGAAGCUGCAGUGUGGCAGCUGGCUUCAAAGGAAUUAUACCUUGUGUCAUGCGAACACUUUAUGCAGUUUUCUGCCGGACUGGAACAGCACUCUUCACGUCUUCAUCCUGGGGUCAGUGAACGAUGUCUGGAGUAGAAGGAUGUUCACUCAUUCUUCCCAGAUGGGCGUUAUGACCUGCUGCUGAACAGCAACACACAACAUCAGCUGAGAAACAACAUCACAGGAAGACAUAAAAAGGAAGAGUGCUGCCUCCUAUGGCUGAUGCCAGCACACAGGUCACGACUAAAUCUGAAAUCAUCAACUUCACCAGCAACUUCACCGGCAACAGCACUGCAUGUACAGCUGUGCAAGUGGCCACUGUGAUGAAGUGGUUGACAUUCAGCAUCGGGUUGCCUGUCCUCGUCCUGGCCCUUUACUCCCUCAAGAACCUCUCCAAAGGUGAGAGCAAGAUUCCCAUGCACAUUAUGUUCCUCCUGGUGUCGGACAUCAUCAGCUUCUUCAGUCGUCUCUCUGUAGAUCAUAGCACGGAAACUGACCCGGUGUUCUCCAGAAAUGGCACAGACAUCAUCUUUUACUUUGGGGUCAUUUCCAACAUCGCCCUCAUGCUGUUCAUUGCCCAGGAUCUCUAUCUGCUAGUGGCCUACCCACAGUGUCUUGGUUGUUGCACCAGUAUCAGGCAGUCACCUGCAGUGACCUUCCUGGCGUGGGCCAGUCCUUUCGCCAUGCUCACCCUCGCCUUGCUAGGCUACAACCUGUGGUUUGCCAUUUCUCUGCUCGCUCCUUUUCCCAUCCUCCUUUUUUUUGCUGUGGAUUCCUGGCGGGCCCUACACUGCUCCCAAUCCAACUCGCCAAGCUCAGAGAAGAGGAGGACAGUGUUUGGCAUCGGGGCAAUCUGGGCCAACUACACUUUCCUUUAUGCCCCCUUUAUCCUCAGCAUCCUCUUGGAGGCUCUGUCCUUCAAGGACAAAGUCCCCUACCUGGGGCAGGUGUCUCACCUGCUUCUCUACCUCAGCCCACUGGUAGACCCCUUCCUUUAUAUCUUCAUGACUAAGGGUCCAAAAGAGGUACUGCGAGCUCUACCCUGCUGUCAAAAAUUACAAAAGAAAGAAAAUACGACACCCACAGCAGAAACUGUGGCUGAAACUGUAGAAACAAGGCUCUGAAGAUAUGUAUGUUCAGUAGAGAUCAUUUUGAGCAUCCUGUUCUCUCAGUGGGAUGAAUUAAACCCUUGUUGGACUUCUUUCAUUAACAUGGAAAAUAAUUCUGUACAUUUUUAGGACUAUAGAUGCUAUUCAUUGCAAAAUAUGUUCAAAAAUUGAGCAAUGGGAGUAAAAUCAGUUUCAAUAAAUCCACGUUGAUAGCACCUGCUUUGUUGAUAAGAGAAAUAUUUAUUUCCAGAUGGACCUCAAAUUAGGAGUAAAAACUACUGUGGAUUCUUGCUGGAACAGGACUGAAUGUCUUUUACAAUCUUUAACCAAUUUUUCUGCUUGUUGACAAUGAAGACUUGACACGUUUGUUGGCCAGAUUCUCCUUAUUCAGAGUUUCAGUGUCAAGUGAAUGCUGCAGAUUUGGUUUCUAAUCAUUCUUUUUUCUUCCUGUUAUUUUUCUUUAUCUUGUGAUCCCCGUCUACGGUCAGACUGAGACCAAGUGUAAAUGUUUCUAAGUAAAUGUUUCUAUAAGCCUGACUAGACAUAAGCUACAUUGCCAAAAGCCUUCAGUCAGCAAAUUCAGGCUUGAAACAUUCACUUGUUUCAAGCUAAUUUACAAAAGGCAAAACUGGGAUUUAGUCUCAUCAGGAUAAAGUUGGCAAGACAGUUACAUUAGCAGGAAGAAUUCUUUUACCUAUAUUACACCAAUUGUCAACAACAAAGAGGAGUGAAUUCAGCAGUAUUUGGAAACUGCCAUAAAAAAGGUAUCAAAAUAAUAUCAGAUCUAUUUGACAAUGAUAAUAAAUGCAUUAUUAUUAUUACCUUUGCCCAGCUUCAAAAUAAAUUUGGGCUCUCACUCAAGGAUUUCUAUGUUACAAAUUUGUCACUUUGCAGCAUCUGGUGUCCAGGGCCAAUAGAAAAAUUCCUUAUCAAGUUUACCUUAAACAAAAGGUCAAGAUUUUAUG